AUGGGUGCCCGGGCGUGUUGUGGCUAUUUGCGGAACAUCAACCUGCGCCAGGAGCUCCAGGCCAUCAUUGCGCGUCUGCAGAAAGAGCUCAACGCCGCCAACCAGGCCAUUAAUGACGCGAAACGAACGGCAAGAUACUGGGCACGGCCCCUCGAUGAGAAUACGCUCCCCCUUCUCCGGGUGGCUGGCCGAAAGUUGGUGCUCCAGAUGGAUGUGGGGAAAGAGAUCACAAAGAUUAACACGAUACUCCCGAAGGCUUUACUACCUCAAAAAUACCAGCACGUCCUGAUCUUCAAUGAUGCGAUGAUUUUGCUGUCUAAAAAAGACUACCGUAUGCUGCCCCUCGAGCUACUGUGGCUACACAACGAUACAACUUCCGGUCCACCGUCUACCGGCCUUUUAGCUCCGGAAAUGCAGCUUCACGUGGAGUUUCGGGACGAUGUCCAUAGGAACAAAUUCACGGCGGCUUGCGAGCAGUGGAGUGCGAAGAAGCCGGCACCACAGAAACGCCGAUGCCGCUACGAGUUCAUCGGGAGCAGCACCGACCUGGCCGGGUCGAGCUACGACGGUGUCUGGUGGGGCGGGAAGCCGCAUGGCAGAGGACUACUCCGUACAGCCGACGGCACGACCUUUGAGGGCCAUUUCCAGGAAGGCAAAUUUCAUGGUUUUGGCCAACUUACGGUGCCGCACUUCACGGAGGAGAAGGAUUCCUCGUUCUCCUCGUUCUUCCUGGGAUCGCCAGUGACGAAAACCGAGAAACUUACCGAGUCGAAAGGUGUAUUCCGGAAAGGGAAGCUCUGUGGAUUGGCGAGGAUCAGGUACCCCCACGGCGACCUCUAUGAGGGCUACUGCAUCAACGGCGAACCGCAUGGUUUUGGCAUGCACACCUGGGAUCGGGGCCAAUAUCUGGGAGGCUGGAAAGACGGGAAACGGCAUGGAUAUGGGGUGCACACGACAAGAAAAACUCGCUAUCUGGGCGAGUGGCAAGACGACAAACUACACGGGCAGGGCUGUCGAAUUACGAUAGAUGGCACGUACCAUGAGGGCACUUGGCAAGAGGACAUGAUUACGUCGGGACGCCUCGUCGGUCCGGCCAACCAAAACAACUUCUCCGUCGAGUACGAGGGAAAUUUCGAGGAUUACGGUAUCCUCAGCGGGAAGGGAACCCUUCGCCUCGCUCCCAACGCGACGAUACACGGAACGUUCUCCGGAAACGUCCUCAACGAUGAGGUGCAGAUUGUGGAUGGACGGGUGACGAUGAACGAGAAUAUGGAUCUGAUUGAGCGAUUUUUGGAAGAGGAAUCCCUUCGCGAAUCGACCCAUAUACCCUCUACGAGCGAACGUUGGAGCCAAAUGUUUGAGAUUUUUGUGGAGGACGAGCUCGGAGGCAAUUUCACCGAGACGGCAAUCGUUUGGCAAAAGAUCGUCUCCGGGAUCCGGAAGGGGAAGGAGAUGAGCGGACAAAUGCGGGAUACUGGCCCAUGUGCACUUCCGGUCCUCGAGCAAAUCCCCAGCUACGAUGCCCCUUGGACACCUGGGUACCGAGUGAUGCUGCAUGAAUAUUUUAAUGCCGCGAUGAACUACGAGCCACACCCACUUUGGAGGUUGUGCCAUGGAACCGUGGAUUUGUUCACCUGCUCCUACAAUAACAUGGCCACCCAUGCGGCGUUGUACUCCCAAGCCACCCUCGAGCUCAAAAGCCUCAUCGAGGAGAACUACAAGAUUAUCAGGCUACUUUUCCCGAGCCUGCCAAAAGAUCCCUACGAGGUUAUGCCGGAGAGCAUGACAAAACGGAGCGCUUCUGUGGAUUCCGGGACCUCUCCGGAGGGUUCGCCCGCAAGGACUGGCCCCGACCCAGCCCCACCAAUCGAGGUCCCAACCCCAGCCUGCGAAUUCCUAUACGCCUUCCUCUUCCCCCGCGUCUCGCCCAUCAUCUUCACCAUCUACAGCCUCUCCUCCGCCGAGCUCGACGCCAUCUACUGGAACCGUGCGCUUUACCUGAAUGCCCAUACUGACGUCAAGUUGCUCGAAUAUUUCCAAGUGCCACGUGAGCUCUGGCCCAUCGAGCUGCCGUCGGUCGGGGAUUUGGAUAAACCAUUGAUCCGCGCCUGUGCACGCCGAAAAUUCUACGAAUCGGCUAUCCUGGCCCUUCAGCAGCUCUCCACCGACGCUAACCCUACCACGAAGCUCGCGAUUCUGGCUGAUACCUUUGAGGAGAUCACGCAGUGCGUGUUCAAAUUCGCCGACGCCGGCUGCAACCACACGUGGAGUGCCGACGACCUGCUUCCGGUGUUGUCGUACGUCGUCGUCCGUUCCCAGAUCAAGCAUCUCGGGUCGGAGAUACGGCUUCUAGACCAUUUCACAAAGGAAUACCGACAUCGCCGAUCUAUCGAUUUAAUGUUUACAAUGUUGAAAUCGGCCUAUGUACAAAUCCACAUUGAUAAAUGGACCCCA